AUGUUUGUAUCCACCGUUCAUGAUCUGGCCUACCGCUUUGUUGUUGCUCCCUUGCAUGUUGCCUGCGGCUUACUUUUGGAAGGAAAUAGCACGGAUGCUCUUAAUACGGGACUUCUUAUCUUCCAAGGUCAUUUAACGGCCAAGUCACAUGACUUUAUUAGAAAUCAAAGGCCCAUACUGCUUGCAGUAACGGAGCUCUCCAAGCUCUACUAUGCCACAUGCUGCGGCCUAGAACUAUUUCUGGCCUUAAGUCACAUGACGGUCGCCCUCUUUUGGCAAUCAAUCCGGUUCCUCAUACCUCUGGUGCUCCUCCUAGCUUCGCACAUACCCUAUGGCAAACUCCUAAAGCUUCUGUUACCCCAAGGUUCCGAACGCAAAAUAUAUCAGAAACAUGCAGGGAAGGUUCCCCAACCACUUCACGAGUUAAAUGCUCAAAUAUUUUUGGCUGUUUAA